CCUCUUCAUCAAAUUCAUCCAGCAGCCUCUUCACAUCAUUUCAUACCCAUUUCGAAUUCCUUCUGAAUCAUUCCAAUGGCUGCCUCUACAAUGGCUCUCUCCUCCCCAUCUCUGGCCGGCAAGGCUGUGAAGCUCUCCCCCAACGCCCCUGAAAUUCAGGGCAAUGGAAGAAUCAGCAUGAGGAAGACUGCCAGCAAGUCAGUUUCCUCCGGCAGCCCAUGGUAUGGUCCCGACCGUGUCAAGUACUUGGGCCCAUUCUCUGGCGAGCCACCGUCCUACCUCACCGGAGAGUUCCCCGGUGACUACGGCUGGGACACUGCUGGACUUUCAGCUGAUCCCGAGACCUUCGCCAAGAACCGUGAGCUGGAAGUGAUCCAUUCCAGAUGGGCCAUGCUUGGAGCUUUGGGCUGUGUCUUCCCUGAGCUUCUGUCCCGCAAUGGUGUGAAGUUUGGUGAAGCUGUGUGGUUCAAGGCUGGAUCUCAGAUCUUCAGCGAGGGAGGGCUCGACUACUUGGGCAACCCCAGCUUGAUCCACGCACAGAGCAUUUUGGCCAUCUGGGCUUCCCAAGUUGUGUUGAUGGGGGCCGUCGAGGGCUACCGUAUUGCCGGCGGCCCGCUCGGGGAGGUGACUGACCCCAUCUACCCAGGUGGAAGCUUCGACCCAUUGGGUCUGGCUGAUGACCCAGAGGCCUUCGCUGAAUUGAAAGUUAAGGAGCUCAAGAAUGGAAGGUUGGCCAUGUUCUCCAUGUUUGGAUUCUUCGUUCAGGCAAUUGUUACAGGAAAGGGUCCAUUGGAGAAUUUGGCUGACCACCUUGCUGACCCAGUCAACAACAAUGCUUGGGCCUAUGCCACAAACUUUGUUCCCGGAAAGUGAGAGUCUUAGGAUUCAGAGAGCGAGAAAGGAAUUUGUGUUUGGUUGAACCAUUGAUGGUGGUGUAAAUUUCGGGUUUGAACAAUUGAGUAUUUGAUUUGAAUGGACUUCAUUUUGAUUUUUCAGUAAUAA